CAUUUUGCUGUUUAGCUUUUGGAAAAGUCACCGGUGUACCUGCACUCAAUCGCUGUCCAUCCGUUUUCGCAGAGACCGGGUAAUUUGCGAGAAUUCGAGUGUCUUUUUCUACCUUUCUUUGUUGUGAGAAUGUCUUCUGAAGAGACGCUUAGUGACGGCAGAGUGAAGGGAAGGGUUGAGGGGGUAGAGAGUAGGGAUUUGGGGGUGCCAUCGAACAUUUUGGAAAGAGAGGAUGGAAGAGAGCCGUGUUUCAACCCUGAGGAGGAAGUUGUUGGUGAGGUGGCAAGGUAUGAAACAAGUUUGGAGAAUAGGGGUAGUUUGGCCCAUUUGGUUGAGAACUAUGGAGUGCCUGGGCGUGUGUUGGUGAGGCCGGCGGGGAGUAGGGAGAGGGCGUGUUCGGCCCCAAGGGACCACUGGAUGCCUCUCUACUCUCAUUACCUGGCGGCUGGGUUGCGAUUUCCUCUCCCAGACCUAUUGGUGUGGUUGCUGUUAGAGUAUGGUCUAGGAUUGACGCAACUCACCCCGAACGCCGUAAGGUUGGUGGUGGCGUUUGCGGUGUAUAGCCGAAGUCGGGGGGUGAGUUUUCCUACCGCUAACGUAUUCAAGUACUUUUACAUCUUGAAUGCUGGGAGUGGUAGGGAAAAGGGGUGGUUUUACUUUACGGGCCGGGUGGUGGGUAGGCAGAGGAGGGGUUUAUUUAGCGCCGGGCCAUCUUCCAUCAAAGGAUGGAAAGAUAAAUUCUUUUUUGCGGAUGAUAUGGAGUGGGAUAAAACUGAUGCUGAGGUGGAACACUUGAGUCGUUGGAAGACGAAAGGGUUAAACCUUAAUGAGUAUAGUCUGACCUCGGGGGAGUUGGAAAAAGAGGGUGUGGGUUUGCUGGACAUUAUGGAGUACACGAGCCAGAGGAUGUUAGACGCGGCUGAGAUAUAUAGGCCGAGCUCGCAACUGGGAGAAAAGAUGAACAAGUUUUUGGACGCAGCUGGUGGAGCUGGGAUCCCAAAGAAGGGAAGAGGGAAGAGAGGCGAGGCCAGGAAGCGGGCGGAGGAGAUUUUGCACAACUUGGAAGGUUUACUCUUUGAACUAAAAGAAAAAUAGUUGCAGUGGGAAAAGUCAUGGACAUUCCUUCAAGUGCCGGUGCAUAAAAAAGUUUUGUUGUUAAAGGUGAGAAAUUAAAUUUAUAUAUUUUUUUGAAAAAAACAAUCUCUAAUGGGAUGUUUAACGUAUGGCUAAUUCACUCUGACAUCUACAUCCACCGGACUCUCCUUAUGAAUGGGUGUUAAGUUGCAACACAGAAUCAUCUUAAAUGAAGUUGCGGCGUUAAUAAUAUAUUGAUGUCUUAAGGAGAGGUGAGAUGCCGAUGCAACAGGUGCUUGGCAUUGGUACUUUUGAUAUACUUAUGGGUAUGUAAUGUUUAACUUAUACAACCAUUGGCAUUUUUGGAACACAUGAUUGUAAUACAUGGUUUUCACAUCAGUUUGUUGGAAAAUAUUUAGUUUUGGUUUGGGCAUUGUUUGCCAUGAAAGCAUUUAGUUUGUCAUUUGGGUUUUGGUUCAAUAUUUAUGUGUAAAAACUUAUUUACUGCUCUUUCAUCGUCUGUGGCAUCCUGGUAAUAAAUUGAACUAGCAGAU